AUGUUUCAAGACACAUCACAUCAUUUAUCACAAGAACAAAUUACAUUUCUUAAUCGUGGACCAACAUAUGUUCCACCAUGUCAAAUACAUAUUUUAUCAAAAUCUUCUACAACAUUAGCUCAAAUUGUUACGAAACAAAUGGCACCACUUCGACGAGAACUUACAAAACUUUUCACUCAAUAUUCAGUUGAUCUUUCUCGUCGAAUGAAUUUUGAAAAAGAGAUUCAAUUAUCAUUCAAUAAGUCAUUUCUACAAUCGAUGCCUUCUGUAGUUGAAGAACGUGCAUUCUAUGAAAAAGAACUCAUCCAAUCAAUUCGAAUUCAAAUAAAAAAACAACAACUUAUUCUACGACGAACAGCUGACGAUAUGAAUACAUAUUAUCUCGGUCGAUUGGAUGAAUUUAAUCAAAAAUCGAAUGAAUAUGUUGAAAAUUCAACUUGUUAUGAAUUAAUUGAAACUAUGGAUGAAACUCAUACAGAACAACAACAACAACAAUUACAAGAAAUUAUCAUAUCUAUCAAUUCUCAAUUAGAAAAAUUAUAUCAAAGAAAAUUAAUUAAUAAAGAUCAACUAACCAAAUUUAGUAUUCAUAAGAGAUUAAAGUUGAAAUUGCCAUAUCUUUAUUUCUUACCAGAAACAAAUGAAAGUGUACAUAUGUCAGUUCAACCAAGAUUUUCAUCUUAUCAAUAUUCUCCAAUACAACGAUUAGCACAAUAUCUUAAUCAACUUCUUCGAUCAUUAUUUUAUUUUAUUUCUCAAUCAACUACAUUUUUGAAUAGUGGUGAUUUUAUGCAAAGACUUCAAUAUUAUUAUAAACAAUUAAAUCUUUUUCUACCAAAAACACAUUUAGCAACAUUUAAAAUUCAUGAUUUAUAUACAAUGAUAUCAUAUACACCUCUUCUUAAUGCAUUAUAUGCAUUCUUAGCUAAUCCACUUCUUAUUGGUCGACAUGAAAAAUUAUCGAGUGAAGCUAUUGUAGAAUUAAUUAGUCUAGUUCUAAAAAAUAAUUUUUUUACAUAUAAUGGAAAAACUUAUCGAUUUAUUAAAGGUGGUCCAUUAAAUUUACCAUUAACAGAAUUAUUAGGUAAUAUUUAUUUACAUGAUUGGCAAGUACCAUUAGUUAGAAAUGUUCGUAUCCGAGAAGCGUUGUAUGGUCGUUAUAAUGAUAUAGGUUUUCUAACAUGGAAUUCAUCUAUCGAAGAAUUACAAAAAAUAUUCGAUGAACUUCAACAAGAACUAGAUUCGAAUCUUCAAAUGACAACAUUUAUUGGUAGUGAUGUUCAUUUUUUCGAUGCAUUUAUUGAAAAUCAAAAUGGUUGUUUAUAUACAAGGAUUUAUCACGAUUCAAUAAGUCAACCAUUUUUAUUACCCUACUCAUAUAGGCAUCCACGAUUAUUUCAUCGACAAUGGUUUCGUGCUGCUCUCAUACGUGCUGGUCAAUAUUGUAGUUCAUUUGAAGAUUUCGAAGAAGAACGACUUUAUCUUGAAUUAACCUUUCUUGCUAAUGGAUAUUCAUUUGAUUUUGUCGAAUAUCAUUUGAGACAAUUCUUUUCACAUUUUAAUUCAAAGUCAAACAAACCAAUGAAUCUUAACCGAUUCACAUAUCUUUCAUUUCGUCAGGAAUUAUUUCGUUAUGUCGAUCAACUAAAACAUGAUAUGGAAGAAGAACAAGAAUUACGCAAGCAUCAUCGAUUAAUACAAUUAUACUAUUUAUUCGAUUGGGGUUCAAGAUGUCAAUUCAAUGAAAAAUUCCAUAAAUUUUGGUCUGACAUUCUCGAACAAGAUCCACACUUUAAAGCGUAUGGAUUGAAAAUCAAACUUAAUACUAAACAUUGUUUUUCAUCAAAUACUCUUUUAGCUCUACCGAAUACGCAUAUAUGA